AUGUUCUUAUUCCCAUUAAUUUAUUCAUGUUUUAUUUUCUUUAUUCCAAUCAUAAAUGCGCAAUCAUCUUACGCGCCGAAUGGUUUACGAUUAGCAGAACACGGAACACUUAUCGACAACAAAAUUAUAUUCUUUGAUAGUGCUGACUUUGGCAUUAAUAAUACCAAUGCUUUUUCCUUAGACCUUUCUGUAAAUUGGACCACAUCAGCACCAGCAUUUACCAAAAUCGAUAAUCUAUCCAAUGCACCAACAUUUAACUAUGCUGCUUUCAGUGCGCUUAAGAAGAACGAUCGCUCGUUAAUCUAUGCUUUUGGUGGAUUGAUUCCAACCAAUAAUAGUGAUUGGACUAAAGGAACUCCCGUAAGCGACUUUUAUAAAAUCGAUGUAACGUCUUACCCAAUUUCAAUUUCGUCAGUAUCCGGAAAUACUCCAAGCGCACGCUGGGCUCUUAAUUCGAUUUUUGAUGACAACGGAAAACUUUAUAUCUGGGGUGGAGAAACGCUUGCAACAGAUCAAACCAUGUACAUAUUUGACACAUUUGACUCAAAGUGGAGCCAAAUUCUUCCUUCUUAUGUUCCUGCGCAGAGAUCACAAUAUUCGGUGACUUUUAAUGAUGACAAACUUUAUUUUAUUGGUGGCGUUUUUGCAAACACUACAGGUCAAAAAUGUGUCGAUAUUCGCGAGAUCUUGAUAUAUGAUACUCUCAAUACAGAAAAUCCGUGGACUAUAAAAAAUGCGACAAAUAAUACAUCUAUAAGUAACCGUUAUGCUCAUUCAGCUGCUUUAGAACCCAACAGACUAAAUAUUAUCCUGUAUGGUGGUUCAAAAUCGAAUGAUUCGGGAGUUCCGCCUGAUUAUUUGAUUACUUUACACUUGCAAACAUUCGAAUUUUCAGAGAUUAUAACACCAAACAAACCUAGCAUUGAAGAUAGCCGGCUGUUACAUCAUCAUCAUCACGUGGAUCCAAAUUUUCUAGCGGAUGGAGGUUCUAACUCUAUUACUUUGAAUCUAUUGUUUGAGCAAACCUUGGAACCUAUUUAUCAUUUGAUGUUAAUUUCAAACGGGUAG